UUCCGCACACGAUCAAAUUCAUAACAAAACACUAAUGUUAUAACGACGUAUCUUUUAAAAGUUUUAUUAUAUUAUUUUUAUUAUAUAGAGCCGAGAUUGAAACCAAAAUACUCGAGUGAUCCAAAUACUGAUUGGCGAAAAAAUUGUUUGUUUUCGAUUACGCCCUCCUCAGACUUCCCGCUUCGCAACCGCGCGCAAACACUGAACCUUGCCACACUUAUCCAGCUGGACUUUGACCCCUCGGGCAGUCUCUGCUUCAGUGUAUAUUUAAUAGGACGAAAGUGUUGUAUGCGGUGACGUCGCGGUGAUUAGCUAACCAACAUCUUUCGACUGGUGUGGUGUGGAUCGGUCGCCUCACAAUGCUCCCGCGGAACGCCCAAACCGUACGGCGACUCAACGUCCUGAAGCGAAUUCUCACGAAUGGGAGUGCUGGCGGCGGACCAACGCUGUGGUUCCGCCACAGUUCCACGGGGGCCACCAUUCGGAUCGAUGACGUCGAGAAGGAGAUUCUGCCACCGAAACAACCGGAACUGGUCCCGAAUGGGUACGUAAAAGUGGCGGAAUCGGGCGAAGCGCAGCUUUCGCAAACCCGGUUGCACCACCUUCGGUGGAUGCUGCAGAAGGAUAAUUUGGGUCAGGACAUGAUUCUGCUGGGGCGGCCAGGUAAUCUGCGUCGGAAUCUGAUCAUGCAGUACUCGGAAUUGACGAGGCGGGAGGUGGAAUAUAUUCUGUUGAAUCGCGAUACGACGGAGAGCGAUCUGAAGCAGCGGCGGGAGAUUCUGGAUGGUACGGCGACGUAUUACAACCAGAGUGCGGUACGAGCGGCGACCGAGGGACGGAUUCUGGUGAUUGAGGGAGUGGAGAAGACCGAACGGAAUGUGCUGCCCAUUUUGAACAAUCUGCUCGAGAAUCGGGAGAUGCAUCUGGAGGAUGGACGGUUUCUGAUUUCUGCCAAAAAUUAUGACAGUUUGCUGGAGCGCUUCAGCAAAGAUCAACUUGACAAGUGGGGAUUGGUACGAGUAUCUGAGGACUUCCGGGUGAUAGCCCUUGGAUUACCUGUACCGAAAUAUAGGGGAUCGCCGUUGGAUCCUCCUCUAAGAUCGCGAUUUCAGGCGAGGGACGUAAGUGAGCUGCCUUAUGUGGACAUUCUAACUGAGUGCAAAAUCUUGUCUGCAAAUCAAAGUCCCGAGGUUCUAACGAAGCUGACCUCAUUCGGAUUCAGCGUUCUUUCCUCAGCGUCUACGCUGCCCGACUUCCCGAUUGACAAUCUGCGCUACGCCGGAAUGCUUAUCAACAACAACCCUCUACUCACUGAGCACAGUCUCCUGAGUCGACUUUAUCCGUACUCCGUGUUUCUGGAGAAGGAAGGCGUUGGCCUGACCAAGUCCCUCAUGGAGUCGCUGCAGAUAAAACCAGAUCAAACGGCCUCCACCGAGAUCAUCAGCGUAGAUCCCCUCAAUAAAGAUACUUUGACCGUGAACUUGAAAGUGAACAACAAACCGAUCAACUUCACUAUGCAACGCGGCAAAUCCGAUAUCGAAAAUCUGCCCACCGCCUAUAAGAAAACCAACUACCAGCAGAACCUUCUCGCCGAUUUGAUUCAAUCCGUAGCAGUUGGCGAUGUUUGCUUGAUUGGCCCCAAAGGAUGUGGCAAAUCCAUCGUAGCCAACGAACUCUGUCGGUUGCUCAAUCAGCAAGUGGAAACAAUGGUCCUCUACCAAGACAUGACGGCUCGGGACCUCAUACAAAAGCGAACGACGAAGCUCAACGGAGAUACCGUCUGGCAGGACUCCCCUUUGCUUCUGGCGGCACUUAGCGGUCACGUUAUUGCCCUCGAUGGAAUCCAUCGUCUACAUCACAGCACCCUUGCCAUCCUUCAUCGACUGGUGCACGAUCGCGAGAUGCAGCUGUACGACGGAAGGCGACUGAUGCGUCACGACAGGUUCGACCGUCUUCUGGAGACAGGCCUUACUAAAGAAGACCUCACGGCACGAGGAAUCCUACGUAUCGAUCCCGCCUUCCGCAUCAUUGCCAUGGCAGAACCGCAUCAAAAGACCGGAACCAACUGGAUCACCGCUGAAACCUUGAAUCUCUUCCUGUUCCACGAAAUUCGAGGUCUCAGCAAGGAUGAAGAACUGAACGUAGUCAACUCGCUCUAUGGACCGUUGGACAACACAAUGCAUCAGAUCCUACGCGUGGCUCAUCAUCUGCGAGCAUCCGGUGACACCACCAUGCAGAAUCUGGCCAGCAACCUGUCGACGCGACAGCUGCUGCGAAUCGCUCGACGCCUCCACGAAUACGGCGAACAUCUUUCGGACCGUUCAGCCCACAGCAUAUUGCACAACACAUUCCUAACGAAAUUCAUGCCGAAUCUGCCCAGAAGCGUGCUGGAAAACGCUCUACGGGUAUGCGACGUAGCUCCAGGAAGGGAAAGCCGCGCAGAAGACGUCACCAUCUCCACCGACGACGGUGUGCUCCGCAUUGGUAACACAAAGGUACCCAUCUACCAAACCGAAGCCGUCAGCAAAGUCCCGGACAUCGUGUUCUUCAACGUCCCACAGCACGUCAAACUCAUGGAACGACUUCUCCAAGACUUCACCCUUGGCGAACAUCUGCUCUUGGUCGGAAAUCAAGGAGUCGGUAAGAACAAAAUAGCCGAUCGGCUCCUCCAGCUGAUGAACCGCCCACGAGAGUACAUUCAGCUGCACCGCGACACCACCGUGCAGUCCCUCACGCUACAGGCCAGCAUUCGCGAUGGCAAGAUCAUCUACGAGGACUCUCCGCUCGUCAAGGCCGUCAAGCACGGCCACGUCCUGGUGGUAGAUGAAGCCGACAAAGCUCCGAUUCACGUCACCUCCAUCCUGAAGACCCUUGUCGAAAACGGAGAGAUGAUGCUAUCGGACGGCCGCAAGAUCUGCCCACCUCCAAGAGGCACCCCCCAACCCAACGACAAACUGAUCUACACCCAUCCGGACUUCCGGAUGCUGGUGCUCGCCAAUCGGCCAGGUUUCCCCUUCCUCGGCAACGAUUUCUUCGCGGCACUCGGCGAUCUAUUCUCCUGCCACGCCGUGGACAACCCUUCGCCCAAUUCGGAAAUCUACCUCCUGAAGCAGUACGGCCCUGAUGUCCCAGAGGCGACUAUCCGCCAGCUGGUCGACGCGUUCUCCGAGCUGCGCGAUAUGGCCGACAGUGGCAUUCUCAACUAUCCGUACUCCACUCGCGAGGUGGUCAACAUCGUUAAGCACCUGCAAAAGUUCCCCAAGGACGACAUGGCCGAGCUGAUCGGAAACGUGCUCGACUACGAUCGCUACACUCCGGAAACGCUCGACCAGGUCACGAACGUAUUGCUCAAGCACGGACUGGCAAUCGCUCCGUACGCCAAAAACGAGCUGGCCGCACUGCGCAAGCAGCGCGAGAUUCAAAUGACGAUCAAAAGCAACAGCGGGAAAGACGUCUCCGGGCCGAAACACGGCAAGGUGGAUCCGAACAAUGAUCCCCACGUGGGCGGAAACACUUGGGCGGGGGGCACCGGAGGUCGCGAUACCGCCGGCCUGGGUGGCAAAGGAGGCCCGUACCGACUGGACGCUGGACACAAGGUACAUCAGUUGUCCGAUGCGGAGAAGGACGACAUCCCGGAGCACGUCAAAAUGGCAGCUAAGGAGAUGAACAGGAAGGCGUUCGCGGAAAAACUGAAAGAAAUCCAAAUGAGUCAGUACGACCACAAAGUGUACAUGGAGUUUGCCGGCCCGGUUCAGAAGCAAGUCCAACAACUGAGAGUGACUCUGCAGGCGUUGCAAGCGAAAAGCAAGGAGCGACAGUGGCAGAAACAUCAGACAUCGGGCGAGAUGGACGAUACUAAACUGGUGGAGGGCAUUACGGGUGAGAAGAACAUCUACAAGAAGCGGGUCGAGCAGGACCCGGAACCGGGACAGCCGCAGGAGAAGCCCAAGCGACUGAAACUGGUGGUGGACGUGUCCGGGUCGAUGUACCGCUUCAACGGCUACGACGGACGGCUGGACCGUCAGUUGGAGGCGGUCGUGAUGGUGAUGGAGGCUUUCGACGGGUUCGAAACGAAGAUCAAGUACGACAUCGUCGGCCACAGCGGUGAGGCGGUGGAGAUUCCGUUCAUCAGCGUGAACAACCCGCCGAAGGACGACAAGCGGCGGCUGGAGACGAUCAAGAUGAUGCACGCGCACUCGCAGUUCUGCUGGAGCGGGGACCACACGCUGCCGGCGACCCGCAACGCGGUGGACUCGAUGGCCAAGGAGGACUGCGACGAGGCCAUCGUGGUGGUGCUGAGCGAUGCGAAUCUCUCCCGGUACGGCAUCUCGCCGCGGAACUUGAACGAACUGCUGCAGAAGCAGUCGCCGAAGGUGCAGGCGUACGUGAUCUUCAUCGGCAGUUUGGGAGAUGAAGCGCAAUUAAUUGCGGAAAACAUGACGGCCGGGAAGAGUUUCGUGUGCAUGAACCUCGAGCAGUUACCUCAAAUUUUGAAGCAGAUCUUCGCCGCUUCUGUGCUACAGUGAAAUCGGAUUUUUAGUUAUUGACAAAUGUUGUUAAUUUUAUUUUGUUACACAAAUUUUGUAUUAAGGUUAAAAGUGGCAUUUAUUUGUAUGUGGUCUGCCGUUGUAGAAUCUAUAUCAAAAUUAUAGAAAAUUAUUUUGCUAACAUA